AUGCACACCCAUCUACAGCACCUGGUCGUGAAAUGUUCCAAUAAUACGCUAGGUAUGAACGUACAGCCGACCAAACUGGAAGUUGAUGGUGAGCCCAUUUUCCUGAAACGACGUGUACUUCCCUACGCCCAACGUGAUGGUGUACUGCAGGCCCUUGAGAAAAUGAAUCGCGAUGGCACAUUACACGAAUCAUAUCCAGCGGCAAUUGACGAAAUCAUCCGCGGACUCGAUGGUGUGUUAGCGUACCAGGACGAUGUCAUUGUGUUUGGUAAAACGAAGGCCGAGCAUGACGAUAGACUCCUCAGAUUACUGGAGCGGUUCUCCAAAAAGAACGUGUCAAUUCGCGCUUCCAAAUGCAUGUUCAGCUCACCAGAAUUGGAAUUCUCGGGUUUCACAGUGGAUGCAAAAGGCUAUCGCCCUGAUCCAAGUCGCUUCCCCCCAUUGACUGAACUCGAGUCACCAAGAAACCAAAACCAACUCAUAUCCAUCAUGGGAUGUCUCCAAUACUAUUCGCGUUUCAUCCUGAACUUCGCCACAAAAGCCCAACCGCUGUUUGCUGCUCAGUCGACUACGGAAUGGAAAUGGACUACCGAGUAUGAACAAAUUCUGCGUGAAAGCAUUCAGAUGAUAACUGGCCGACCAGUACUCGCCUCGUUCUGUCCGACAAAACAUCCCACUUUGAUCACCGACGCAUUAGAUGUUGGCAUUGGUGCCGUCCUCGAACGGAACGGAUGUCCUAUUGUCUGCAUCUCCCGUCUACUCAACAAAGGAGAACGUGGAUAUUCGCAGACGCAAAAUGAAGCACUAGCUGUAUAUUGGGCCGUCCGUUGCCUACACAAAUACCUGUUUGGAUUGUGUUUCACCAUGGUAACCGAUCAUCAAGCGUUGAAAUAUCUAUUCAUUAGUUUGUUACGAAAGGUUCGUCAUCCUUGGUUACACUAUGAUCUGACGGUUGCGACGCUAACUCUAAGAAGCAAAGACCAACAAUCAUGGUCUCUAUAUGAUCCGUUGUUGCAACGAUACCGACUGUUUGGACCCUGGUUGACGGGCAUAAAGGCACCUGUGCGCAUUCUGGUCGGUGAGUCGGGAAUCAAGCUCGGAGUGGACAUUACUUUACUAUUCACUGCGAAUAACGUGCAGGCUCAAUGA